AUGGCGAAUGCGCUUGCGGCUGCUACCUGGGAUCCAUUACAAUAUUGCAGCUCAAAGGACUUGUCUCGACUCGACUCGAGAUUCGAUUUCGCACUGCAAGAUGCGACUUGGCUUGUUUUUUGGACAGGCGUGCCGCCUGAGCUUGCCCGUCGAUGGGCGGAGGAACACGAUCUGCCGACAUUGACCCUCGCAAUGGGUCCCUUAUAUAGCGAUCGCAAUCCAGGUAGUGUAAGAUAUGGUAAGAACUUGAAAGCUUGGUCGAGGUAUAUGAAGGCGGCUUCUGGUCGAUUUGCAGAGUACGCAUGCCGUGGUGGCCGUCAGGCCGUCGUUCUCACAAGACCCCCUCCAAGCAUCUACAGCACCAGAAAGCGAUCGAACUAUCGAGACUUAGAAGAACCAAUUCUGAAAGGACUUGUCGGCGGACGUGGUACCGUCCGAAUCGAAUAUGCACAUCCCACAGUGGCGGGCGGAGCCACUUUUCAGUAUCAAAUCUGGCCCCUUGAUAUGUCGAACACGUGGCAAAGAUUCAUUGCGAACCUGCUAGCAAAGGGACGUAUCAUUCGUGAUUAUACAUCUACCGAGGAUCAUGUUGCUCUAGAGGUGGUUGAAUCGUGUGGGACGGUUGUCCAAUUGCAGAAUAUCACAAAAGAUGAACAAUGCAAAGCGGAGACGGCGCCAAACAUGGCUCAGGAAACGAAAGAGAAUGUGCGAAACCGAGCUGAAUUGGAACAGCGAAUAGCACUCGAAAAGAAACAGGCUAAGCGAAGGAAGAGUGAAUCCGAGCGACGGCAAGCAUUGGAGAAGAGAGAUCUCAAACGAAAGCGGGUGGAGCUGGAGCAGCAGAGAGCACUUGAGAAGAAAGAGGCAAAGCAAAAGAAGGUGAUAUUGGAGCAACAGAAAGCACAGGAGAAAAGGGAGACUAAACGAAAGAGGCUGGAGCUAGAGCAGCAGAUAGCGCUCGAAAAGAAACAAAGCACGGCGAAGGCAGGUUGA